AUGCGGUCGUCUACUUCUCGGCCAGGUGGCCGUCAAACACCGCAAACCAAUGUCAACGACAGGCUGCACACCCUAAGGCUCGUAUGCUCGUUUGAUCAUUUCAAGGGUGAACAGUAUAGACACGCUCAGAACCUCAACAAGGCCCGAGCCAACAUUGCAUCCACCAACGCAACUUCGCAUCGUAGUCCCACAACAGGAACACUCCCGACGGAUUACACUCUCAUCCUACCACCUCCAUUAUCCACUUUCUUCGUGACUGAUACGCCUAUCGCCGAGUCUAGUAGCACUCGCCAGGAACCACGUAAGAAACCUCCAAAGCCUACAUGGGCGGGGCCAACUCCGCCGAGAAGCUGGGUGCUGACGAGCUCUAAAGAUGAACACGAUACUCCAGAGUGGCGGUCCAAUGCCCUUUCGCUCGUAAUGCCUUCUGCUGGCUGUGCCCUCCAGGAUGGAGUCCCCCCGUUAACUUUGAUAUGCCUACGUGCUCUUCGAAGCCUUCCUACUUCGGGAUUUGUUGAAGAAAUCAUAUCAUAUCUCCCCUCGCAUCUUCGUUGCCAGAUGAUCAGAGACAGCGCCGUGUACUCCCCCCUUUCCGACGCACAGCUAUAUCCCCUACUCGAGCCAAACGGGUGCGUCAACGGUGAGUUCGUCGUUGUCGGCCCUCAGGCUACGAUGCACGAAACGCACUUCCGUGACAUCAGCAAACCUUCCAUGGACGUUGACGAGCCUGAUGAAGCACCAGCUUGGGACUCUCCAUCUCAUGAUGCCUCCCAGGAAACACUUCAGAUGCUCGCCAUCAUCUCUGCCCGCCUCUCCGUCUCAACUAUGCUUACACUGCCGCCCACACUCAGUCAUCUCGCCCUGGUUCAUCUCCCUUCCCCUCUCCCUAUACAUCGCCUGCCACUGCUGUGCCCUCUCAUAGUUGUCCUUGAUCUGUCUUACAACGGGUGGCUGGGGUAUAGAUCGUCGGGCGAGGGUGUGUUUCAUAAUCCAGAAGGAAUACAGAUGCUGGAACGUGUUGAUUGGAAGAAGUGGCAGCAUCUGAAGGUACUGGGUUUAAGAGGUUGCGUGAGGUCGGAAAGCAUAUUAGCGGCUGUAAACAAAGGACGAUGGGACGACGUCGAAACUAUGUGGUAA